GUUGCUUUGUAGCCACAUAAUGAGAACAGUAAAAAGUAGAACAUGUUGCAUCUCCAACAUUCUGCAACUCUAGCCAUGGCUGUAAGUACCAUCAUCACGCUGAAGUUCUUAUCUCUCUUCAGUUUUCUUCUCUUACUUUCAAUCUCUGGUGUGAGUUCUCAUAGCCACCAAAAUGCUGUGAGAGGGACAAUUCCUCCAACAUGCAAACGCAUUGAGUGCCCCAACCAUGAUGUGAUUGAAAUGGGCGAUGGCUAUGAAAUCCGCCACUACAAUAAUUCAACUGUUUGGAAGUCAACUUCUUCCAUUCAAGACAUUUCUCUUGUUCAAGCUACAAGAACUGGCUUCAGAAGUCUAUUUGACUAUAUUCAAGGCAAUAACGACUGGAAACAAAAAAUUGAGAUGACAGCGCCUGUGAUCACAGAAGUUUCACCAAGUAAAUCCUCAUUUGUUGUGAGCUUUCUUGUGCCAAAAGAGAACCAAGCAAAUCCUCCCCCUGCAAAGGGUCUCCAUGUCCAAAGAUGGAAAAAUGUGUACGUAGCAGCAAGACAGUUUGGUGGAUAUGUAAACGAUUCAAAUGUUGAGGUGGAAGCCUCUGCCUUGCUAGCUAGUAUUGCAGGCACUGAUUGGUCAGGUGCCAUUGAUAAAAGCCAUAGAGAUGGUCAUGCUUCUGUUUACACUGUGGCACAGUACAAUGACCCUCUUGAAUAUGAUAAUAGGGUGAAUGAGAUAUGGCUCUUGUUUGAAAUGGAAAGUGAACGGCAUGCAAUGUGAAAUCUGUGAGAGAACCCUUUUCACCACAUUACAUAGCUUGUAACUUUAUAAAAGAAAACUGAGCAUAUCACAGAUUGUAGUAUCGCUGAGUCUGAGAUUGUUAUAAUAAAGUUUUAAACAUUUUGCUCA